AUGAACUUGAAAAUCGCUCCUCCCCAAAAGCCGCCUCCCCAUUGGAGCGCUUCUCUCGAAGGAAAACGCGCCGGCCAAUUGGCAGCCAGGAGGGGCUAUAAAGGCGCCGAACUCCAGAAACCUGGAGCGCGCCUUGAGGAGAAAGGGCAUUUUUGGAAGCGAAAAGCAGCUUUGUUGGAAGAGAGCGAGGCAGCGCUUUUGCAAGAUGAAAACUACCAACAGCCAAGCCGAGCGCUUCCUUCAGAUUUGCCUCUUUGUCUUUUCCCAGGAGGAAGCCACCCCAAAGUCGGAGGAGGAAGGAGAAAAAGGACUGUUUUCAGCCCAUCUCACGUCGAGCUCCUAAAAAAGUCCUUUGCAGAGAACCAGUACCCCGGAUACGAGACCAGGGAGGCGCUAGCGAGGUGCAUCGGUACUGAAGAAGAUCGUGUGCACGUCUGGUUUCAAAACAGAAGGGCCAGAACACCAAAGAGCAUUGGUUCCAGGAUAAGGAUCGGGAACCAUGCUGCAGCUCCUUAUAGCCGGAGUGAAAGAACCCGUCCAAGAAGCAGCCUGGACAGCAGCCCGAGAAGCAAUCCAGGAAACAGCCAAAAUAUUCAUAUGGAACAAUUUUAUCAGCCACACAACUUGCACUAUGCUGAAAGCAAUAGAGGAGCAGGGUUGUGGCAGCCACCUCUCAACAACACGCAAGCAGGAGAGUGUGCCCCGCAACAGCAGAGCUCCCUGGAAUGGAACCCUGCUUAUUACCAGCAAGCUGCUUUUUGUGGAACUGGGCUUUGUGAGACUUCCCAGGAGAGCAACUGCCCAGUUCCAUAUUACGGUGCGGAGAUGGUGAGGCAGCCUCCACCAUCAUCUGAUAACUUCUUCAUGGCAUCAAGCACUUAUACUCCCUGGUCUGCAACGGGGAGUUAUUCAGCUACAAAUCCUGUACAAAUGCAGAAUGUUGAUGGAAGUGCUUCGGACUCUCAGUUUUUCUCUUUAAGUCAGGUUCCAGAUUAGCAUCCCCACUCCCCAACUCCUUCCUUGCUAUCCUGUACAUAUUUUCCAAGCUCCCUCUUUUAAUGCCUUUUAAUGUAUUACUUUGAUAUUUUGAAUAAAGUUUGUUCCUUUACUA